AUGUUCAGCAUGAGCUCGACAUCUUUCGCUUGUGAAAAUACGGGUUUUCAGCUGGGAAAUAAUCAUGGGACAAUCGGCACAAUCAACAUUUCAUCCGGCCGAUCGGAAAACCCACAGCAGAGGGCAGAUAACGAGCUGCUCAAGUCACUGGCAUUCCCACAGAUGCUAGAUCGGAAGGAUAAUAUUGGGGCAUGUCACACCAACACCUGCCAAUGGAUUCUGGAGCUAGAGGAGUACCAGUCGUGGAGGAAUCAGCCCUGUGGUCUAUUAUGGAUUAAGGGCAAGCCGGGCGCGGGAAAGUCGACCUUGAUGGUUUUUCUGCAUGACAGACUAAAAAGGUUAGAGGAUCGUAGCCAGGGUGUUAUUCGGCUCGACUUUUUUUUUACCGCUCGGGGCGCGGAGAUGCAACGUACACCGCUAGGAAUGCUUCGAUCGUUAUUAAACCAAAUCUUUGACCGUGACGAGACCAUACGCCCUCAGGUGCGCGAGGUCUAUGAACAACGAUGUAGGCAGUUUGGGUAUGGUGAACGAAAUUGGGACUGGCCACAGGUGGUACUAGAGGAAUUAUUAGCAAAUGCUGUGCUAGCAUCAGCCAACCAUCAACAUGUGAAUGUUUUUGUCGAUGCUCUGGAUGAGGCCGGGGCUGAGUCUGCUCAACUAUUAGCAGAUUACUUUCAUCGCCUGGUUAGUGAAGCCAAGAAAAAGAACUUGGCCCUCCAAGUCUGCUUCUCAUCUCGACACUAUCCUAUCAUAGGAAGCAUCCAGGCUACAGAAAUAAGCGUCGAGGACCACAAUCAAGAAGACAUCGCUUUAUAUGUUAAGGAUAAGCUUAUCCUCACAGAGGUCGGCAACGGGUUUAGCCAAGGGAUGAAUGAGAUGCUGGUGAAGGAAUUAACGCAGCAUGCCAACGGGGUGUUCCAAUGGGCCCAUCUCAUAAUACCUCUCAUCAAACAGCGAAUUCUCGAAGGGGAGUCCAUUAAUGAUAUUCUUCAUUGGUUGCACGAGGUUCCAGCUGGCCUGGAAGAUGUCUACGUGUAUAUCUUGAAAAAUGUGAUCGCGGCUAGGAAUCGGCAUCAGUCAUUCCUGUUCUUUCAAUGGAUAUGCCUAGCCGAGCGACCCUUGACUGUAACAGAAAUGCGAUACGCAUUGGUGGCUAAGAAUGCUCAAAUACCGCCUUCUCGAAUGGGAUGGGAAAAGGUCCACGGCUUUAUCGAAAGCGAUGAAAACAUGAAGCGAAGAGUAAAGGCCCUUGCUGGUGGACUAGCUGAAGUAAUCUCAAGCGGAGAUCAAAAUGAAACUAUACAAGUAGUUCAUCAGUCGGUCAACGAUUUCUUGCGCGACAAAGGACUGGCCCUUUUAUCUCACAGCACCAGCACCAGCGCUACUACGACAAAUAUGAAUAUUGAAGACAUUGUCUGUGAGUGCCAGUCAACUCUCUACCGAUCGUGUCUGGUAUAUCUUGCCACCGUAUGCUCAAAUAGAGAAAUAAGCGAUUUCAAGAGAUCAAAGGAUGAUCUUCUCCAGGACCAGUCAUUUUUGAAUUACGCAACUGCCAAUCUCUUUAUUCACGCGGAAAAGGCUGCCGGCUCUCGAGCUGACUUGAUUCCUAAUGAAAAAGACAUUCUACAAGAAAUCAUCAACACUUGGAUUUGGAUCUACAAUCGGCUUGAUCUAUAUGGGACAGUAUCACCAAAUACCGGGACAACACUCUUACAUAUGGCUGCCGCUGCCAAUCUGGUUGAUAUCAUAAGUUCCGUAUUGUCAGAUGGCGAAAAUGUCGAGCGGGAAGACGGAAUUGGAAACACGGCGUUACAUUUGGCAGCACGAGCGGGACAUACAACUGCCGGUAAAAUGCUGCAAGAGAGAGGAGCAAACCGAGAAAGAAAAAACCACCAUGGAGCGACACCUUUAAUAGAGGCGGCUAGCUAUGGACGUUUGGGGUUUGUUGAAUGGCUCCUAGAUGAGGGUGUGCAGCUUGAGAUAAGAGGUGGAGGUGCGCUACAAGCAGCUUCGUUAAUUGGCCAUAAUGCGAUUGUAGAGAUAUUGCUCGGUGCUGGAGCGGAUGUCCAUGCCCAUGGUGGUCCUUACGGCAAUGCCCUACAGGCUGCUGCACACAAUGGAAGUGCUGAGACGGUGAAGAUCCUACUCGAGGCUGGAGCGGAUGUCCAUGCCCAGGGUGGUCAAUUCAGCAAUGCCCUACAGGCUGCUGCAUAUCGUGGAAGUGCUGAGAUGGUGAAGAUCCUGCUCGAUGCCGAUGCCGAUGUCCAUGCCCAGGGUGGUCAUUACGGCAAUGCCCUACAAGCUGCUGCACAAAAUGGAAGUGCUGAGACGGUGAAGAUCCUACUCGAGGCUGAUGCCGAUGUCCAUGCCCAGGGUGGUUAUUACGGCAAUGCCCUACAGGCUGCUGCAGAUUCAUAUAAUAGAAGUGCUGAGACGGUGAAGAUUCUGCUCGAGGCUGGAGCGGAUGUCCAUGCCCAGGGUGGUCAAUUCGGCAAUGCCCUACAGGCUGCUGCAUCUCGUGGAAGUGCUGAGACGGUGAAGAUCUUACUCGAGGCUGGAGCGGAUGUCCAUGCCCAGGGUGGUUAUUACGGCAAUGCCCUACAAGCUGCUGCACACAAUGGAAGUGCUGUGACGGUGAAGAUCCUGCUCGAUGCUGAUGCCGAUGUCAAUUGCCAGGGUGGUAGAUAUGGUUCACCACUCUUGGCGGCAAUCUUUACGGGCGAUGCUUAUACAGUUCAAAUUCUUCUCCAUGCUGGGGCAGAUGUUCUACUUUCUGAUGAACUUGACCAAACCCCUCUUCAUAUGGCGGCUUCAAGAGACGUGCUCAAUUUUGUUUCUCAGCUUACACAACCUUGCUCAACUAUCAACAAAUAUAACAACCUUUGUCAAACCCCUCUCCACCUGGCUCUUUACUACGGUCACAUCAACUUUGCUAUAAAGCUUCUCCAUCUUGGUGCCGAUCCCUCUCUUUCGGAUGGCUAUGGCAGACAUGCCAUGGACUGGGCGUUCGGACACGAGAGUUUAAUGCGAGAAAUCCGUUCACAUUGUCCCGACCUUGCGUUAACGCCUUACGAAACUCGAGAAUCGAUUACCAAACUAUCACUCUUCCACCUCUCUAAUGCCCUCUCUUCGCUCAGGAUUAAUUUUCAAUGGCCUGUUUUGCAACAAUUAGCUCGGUAUUUCUUAUUUCUCAAUGAAACGAAGAACGCACGCCAUCUAUUUCAACUUCGCGUUUUGCAAGCUAACCGCCUUGCGACUGAUAGUCUGCGCCCAUAUGGAUAUCUGCUCUUCCUGCGAACGGAUGUAUCCUUUUCAUAG